CAUUUUGGAUAAAUAUUAUAAUCUGUGAGAUUAUAAGUGUUUUGUUUAAUUGGAGACGUGGCCCUUCUAGUUGGCUAUAAGCCUUGGUAACCCAUCAGUGGACCUCUUGGAAGUGCAAACAAUGGAGGGCGAGGCAAAGCAAGUGCAACCCCCGAAUGAAAUGCAGGUGCCAAACUCUGACAGCGAUUACGUGUGGCACGUCACUGACAUGAAUCGACUGCACCGCUUCCUGUGCUUUGGUUCAGAAGGUGGUACUUACUGCGUCAAGGAGCAGAGGCUGGGCUUUGAAAAUGCAGCAGCUUUGAUGAGACUGAUUGAAGAAGGCAGAGGUUGUGAAGUUGUUCAGGAAAUAAAGACAUUCAGUCAAGAAGGCAGAACAGCCAGACAAGAGCCCCUGCUUUUUGCGCUUGCGAUCUGUUCACAGUGUUCUGAUGCAAAAACAAAACAAGCAGCGUUUAAAGCUGUUCCUGAGGUGUGCUGUGUACCCACUCAUCUCUUUACUUUUAUCCAGUUUAAAAAAGAUUUGAAGGAGGGUAUGAAGUGUGGCAUGUGGGGCCGUGCACUGAGAAAAGCUGUGGCAGAUUGGUACAAUGGAAAGAACGGCAUGGCUGUUGCGUUAGCAGUUACAAAAUAUAAACAAAGAAGUGGUUGGUCUCAUAAAGAUCUUCUGAGAUUGUCCCACCUGAAACCUGCCAGUGAAGGUGUAGCUAUUGUCACUAAAUACAUCACCAAAGGGUGGAAAGAUGUCCAAGAAGCUUACAAAGACAAAGCAGUUUCUGCUGAGACUGAAAAGCUUCUAAAAUACCUGGAGGCUGUGGACAGAGUGAAACACACAAAAGAUGAACUGGAGGUUAUUCAUUUAAUAGAGGAAUAUGGUCUCGUUAGGGAACAUCUAUUGACAAACCAUCUGAAAUCUAAAGAGAUUUGGAAGGUGUUGCUGAAGGACAUGCCCAUUUCUGUUUUGCUGAGAAAUCUAGGAAAGAUGACUGCAAAUUCAGUCCUUGAACCACGGGGUUCAGAAGUGGCAAUAGUAUGUGAAAGACUGCGAAAUGAGAAACUGCUAAAAAAGGGUAGAAUACAUCCAUUCCAUGUAUUGGUUGCACUAGAAACCUAUAAGUCUGGACAUGGAAGCAGAGGGAAGCUUUGGUGGCGUCCUGAUGAAGACAUUUUAGAAGCUUUAGAUGCUUCAUUCUACAAAACCUUUGAGACACUUGAACCAACAGGAAAACGUUUCUUAAUUGCAGUUGAUGUCAGUGCAUCAAUGACUCAAAAAGUUUUGGGCAGUGUGCUGAAUGCUAACACGGUUGCAGCAACAAUGUGUAUGGCUGUAGCACGUGUUGAGAAGGAUUCCCAUGUUGUUGCCUUUUCGCAUGAAAUGGUCCCUUGCCCUGUGACAGCUGAUAUGACGUUACCUCAAGUAUUAGUGAAAAUGUAUGAAAUUCCAAUGGGUACCACUGAUUGUUCCCUUCCAAUGAUAUGGGCUCAGAAAACACAGACAGCUGCUGAUGUCUUCAUUGUAUUUACUGAUAACGAGACCUUUGCUGGAAAUACUCAUCCUGCAACAGCUCUUAGAGAGUACAGGGAGAAAAUGGAUAUUCCUGCUAAAUUGAUUGUAUGUGGAAUGACAUCAAAUGGUUUUACGAUCGCCGAUCCAGAUGACAGAGGCAUGUUGGAUAUAUGUGGUUUUGAUGCUGGAGCUCUGGAUGUUAUUCGAAACUUCAUUUUGGAUUUGAUUUAAUUUUCUAGGCAUCUGUUCCUUCUCAGUGGGUCCAUUGCUGGCAACAGACUUAACCCUGGGAACCCCUGGCCAAAUGUACUUUAUUAGAAUACGGCACAUAAUAUACAUAUCAAAAAUGUUACCUUUUUUGUGAAGGG